AUGUCUCAACCCCAGCCAGUUACCAAUGGUAUUCAGACCGCCGCAUCAUCACGCCUUGAUGUUGAAAUAACCACCUUGUCUGCUUUGCUCUCGCGGGGGCAAGACGGCGCGGAAUUAUCAGAACAGGAACUGGUUGCGCUCUUGCGACAGCUGGAGCAGGCCAAUGGUGUUGCGCAAGGCGUGGAGGAUCGGCUCGACAACAUGCUGAGGGGCUUGGAUGAUAUGUUGGCGGGUAUGGAAAGCGGGAGGGCUUCAGAAAGCCGGAGCAAAAAUGCGGCUGCUACGCACACCGGAACGGAAGCCAAAUGA